CACGGACAACAAUGAAGACAAAUAUCUUGAUGAUUCAAUUGGUCACCUGGGCGUGCUUUUUGGCAAUCGAGAGUCCAAGUUCUAGCCUCUACUCACGACUCUUGGCAAAGGAGAGAACCGGGCUGGAACCGAGCUCAUCGAUCAUCGUUGACGAGCUGGCGCUUACGCGGCAAUCGCGUCACUCGCCGAAUUAUUUAACUCCUGACCCAGCAUGACCGCACCACCAGUAACACGCACCUUCUCGCAGAUCUGACCCAAAAGCGAUAGCUUUCAACCCCGGACCCAAUUUUCCGCGUUGAUUACGUAUUUCCCACAUCGUAUUCGAUUCUCCCAUGUUCACCUGAGAACUCCCUCGUCGCCUGAGAAAAAAAUACCUGCAACUAUACAUAUCAUACUGCAUCUUGUCUGCAUCGCAUGAUGAUGGAAGGUCUAAGCGCGUGCGAUCCUCAAUUGAGAGGGUGACCACGACGACCCGGCCACAUAUUUACAUACUGCACACAAUCCAGAUAAGCGAAACCCAAAAGAGCGCGUAUACAAGGAUCCUAAUUAACCAAUCUCCCAAUCUCGCGAGGCAUGCAUUCGCUUUGUUCGUCAGCUGGUUCGGUCGGUCUGCGGCCACGGCAAAAUCAAGUCCAGUCCAGGCACAACAUACAUACAUAUACUAGAAUCCAUCCGGCAGAUCUUGAUUCUCUUUUACAUACUUCCCACUUCGACUUGAACGAUUCGUUUCUGUCCAAUUAUUUACUAUCAGCAUCUUCCAUCCAUUGUGGUCGAAUUAACGCCGCCAUGCAAAUGCACACACUGGUCUCCGGACGCCGCCAAUGACCACGUAACAUUGUACAUCUGAUCUUACGGUAGUAAAU